CAGUCUCACUCCUGUGUAACACCAGCCAACUAAAUUACCUUACGGUCUUUGAAGACCGGCCAACAGUGAGCCGGGGUAAACCCCCCAACUCAGGCUCCCAUUGGCAAGUGCGAUAGAAAACAGAUCAAAGUGCCAGUCGACUCCCCAGUGACUUCUGUCUAGACUUUCCGAGAAAACCUUCCAUCCACCCCUCAAGCCUCUACAAUGUCUGGUUUGUUCCGACUUGGCCAGGUGUUGCGUGGAAGUGCUGGUCAAUAUGUGAUCACAAAGCAGCUGCAAAAUACAGUUUGGCUUGCAACAAAUCAUGCGCAAGAGCUGGUGGUAAUCAAGAGCGUCAAAGGCCACUUCAGAGUGGCCAACGAGCGGGAUGUCCUCCGUCGCUUCAGCGACCGGUCACCUUACAUCCGGCCGUUGCUGGACGAAAUCGUUGAGCCGCCUGAGCCAACGACAAUCGUGUUGCGACAUUUGGACAGUCACCUCUGGCAAGCAUCUGGCGAGCGGACUCUGAAUCGGAAGGAACUGAAGUACGUGUCGAGGAGGGUGUUAGAGGCCCUGCAGGUCAUGCAUCGCGACGGGUUUGUCCAUGCAGAUGUCAAGCCAGACAACGUCCUGGUCAACUACAGCUCGGACGACAGCGAUAACCGCUUCACGGACGUCCAGUUGGCAGACAUGGGCAGCUCGUACCCAGAAGAUCACAAAUACGCCCGAGAGGGCGCUCCCAUCGGGACAACCAUCUGGCGCAGUCCCGAGACGCUGCUCCAGCUGCCCUGGGAUACGAAGACGGACAUCUGGUCGUUUGGCACGCUGCUCAUCAGUCUGAUUUACGGCGGGCAUUUCAACAUUUUCUAUCCCCCAGGCGUCAAGUUUGACGAACCCGAAUUCGAAGUGGAAGUUCUCAAGCGGCAAGUCCAGUUCUUCGGGCCUUUCCCAGCCGAGUACAUGGAAAUUGCGGACAACGACACAAUGAAAGUGGUGCUUUGGCUGAUGGAUGCCGUCUUUGAUAAGAGGAAGCCAUUCCAGUAUAUUACGGAGAGGGAGAUCUGCAAGAAGGACAAGGAAUUCAUCUGCUGGUUUAUGAAGCUGGAUCCCCGCGACAGGCCGAGUGCUGACGAGAUUCUCGCACACGAAUGGUGGCGGGAGCCCGAUGAAAGCUGAAAGGAUUGGCGACAGGCGGGAUGUAACGUCGGGGACGGCUGCCGGUCACUUGGGACGAGUUAGGAAACUGGUGGCUGACAAAGGUAGAGAUUCAAGUUGUGAUGGGAUCGGCCGGGACAUAGAAAACACAGAAGGCCUGGCCUGAGCUAACAUAACCAUAUUGUAUGGCUUUGCCAGCCAGAUAGAAGCAUAGUUUGUUGCAGAUGGCGGCGCCAAGCGCUUUUCCCCGUUGUUGUUGACAACGUCUUGCUCCAGCUGGAUUCCGGA